UCCGCGCCUGCGCAGCACCGGCAUCGCUUUGCCGUAACAGUAGCGGUGAGCGGUGGAGCAGGAGUAACGCCGGGUCAAAGGAUACACAUUGCAACCAUGUUACAGUGCAGGGCAGUAUGGCAGAAACUAACGCCGUUGAGCAGGGCAUCGUCCGCACUAGCGAGGAGUAGCGUCAAGAGGCGAGGAACUUUGUUUCAGCGAUGGAAACUUCCUUUAGAACAGCAGAUGAACAGGCAAAUGGCUAGCGGCGUUGAACCUCAUGGCUCUGGCGCUAUUUAUUUAGUGCUUGUUGGCUUGACAAGUUUAGGAGCUGGUGCUUAUGCAUAUAUUACAAUACAAGAAGAUAAAGAAAGGUACAAUGAACGAGUAACUCAGUUAAUGUCAAGAUCCAGUGUAGAAAGGAAACAUGAAGAAUUGUCAACCAAAGGUGAGAAAGAAGGUGAGGCAGCAACACCAGAAGCAUUGGCAGUCGAGCCAGUCAGUGUUAGACCAAGCAUCCCAUCGCAUGCUCCGUAUCUUCUGAUUGGUGGAGGCACUGCAUCAUUUGCAGCAGCGAGAUCUAUCCGUGCACGAGAUCCUGGAGCAAGGGUUCUUAUCAUCACUGAAGAGCCAGAUUUGCCGUACAUGCGGCCACCUCUUUCAAAAGAGCUUUGGUUUUCGGAUGACUCCAGUGUUACAGAAACGCUGAAAUUUAAGCAGUGGAAUGGAAAAGAAAGGAGUAUUUACUUCCAGCCCCCUUCUUUCUAUGUUAGUCCUCAAGACUUGCCUUUUGUGGAGAAUGGAGGAGUGGCAGUGUUGACUAGAAAAAAAGUUGUACAUAUGGAUGUCAGAGGGAACAAAGUAAGACUAGACAAUGAUGUGGAAAUAACAUAUGAUAAAUGUUUAAUAGCAACAGGUGGAAUUCCACGUAACCUUCCAGCACUUGAAAGAGCCGGAGAAGAAGUACAAAAGAGGACCACUUUAUUUAGGAAGAUAGAAGAUUUUAAAUCAUUGGAAAAGAUUUCAAGAAAUGUGAAGUCUGUUGUAAUCAUUGGUGGUGGAUUUCUGGGUAGCGAAUUGGCUUGUGCUUUGGGAAGACGUGCACAAAAUACGGAACUUGAAGUGAUCCAGAUAUUUCCAGAGAAGGGAAACAUGGGUAAAAUUCUCCCAGAAUACCUCAGCAACUGGACAACUGAGAAAAUAAGAAAAGAGGGGGUUAAUGUUAUGCCCGCUACCGUUGUGAAAUCUGCAAAGUAUAAAGAUAAUAAAGUUGUUCUGCAGCUGAAGGAUGGCCAAACAAUAAAAACUGAUCAUGUCAUUGCUGCAGUGGGACUUGAACCUAGUGUGGAGUUAGCAAAGUCAGCAAGGUUGGAGGUAGAUUCUGACUUUGGUGGAUUUAGAGUGAAUGCAGAACUACAAGCAUGUUCAAAUAUAUGGGUGGCUGGAGAUGCUGCUUGUUUUUAUGACCUUAAGCUGGGCAGGAGGCGUGUGGAGCACCAUGAUCAUGCUGUAGUGAGUGGUAGAUUGGCUGGAGAAAACAUGACUGGGGCUGCAAAGCCUUACUGGCAUCAAUCCAUGUUUUGGAGUGACUUGGGCCCUGAUGUGGGAUAUGAAGCAAUUGGCAUUGUCGACAGUAGUUUACCCACUGUGGGAGUGUUUGCCAAGGGAACUACAAAAGAUACUCCCAAAGCAGUGACAGAAAUGUCUGGUACGGGAAUCCGAUCAGAAAGUGAAACUGAAAAAAUUGCCACUUCUGUAAAUGUGCCUGCUAGUGCCAGUGCUGUUGCUCAUCCACCUGUGGAAGGCGAGGACUAUGGAAAAGGGGUCAUCUUCUACUUGAGAGAGAAAGUAAUUGUGGGAAUUCUUUUGUGGAAUAUUUUUAACAGAAUGCCUAUCGCCAGAAAGGUCAUUAAGGAUGGUGAAGAACAUGAUGAUCUCAAUGAAAUUGCAAAGCUGUUCAACAUUCAUGAAGAUUAAAAUGACCAGAGUUUAACUGUGUAUAUAAGAGUCUAGAUUUUUUUAAAAUAUAACUGUAAACACUUUUUGUGCAGGAAAUCAGGAGCUUGAAUUCUCAGAAUGUAAGUAAUAUUUUGUGAAUUUUCACAUUAUGUAAAAUUUGACCGAUUUGUACCAUGUGCACAGUGAUUAAGAUUUUCUGAACUAAAUAUUAAAAUAAUGUAAAAGCA